UACGAUAGGAAUUUUUUGGAGGGGAGUGGGACAGGCGGAAAAAACCUCAAAAAGAAAAUUCAAUCAACAACAACUUUAAAAGUAGUCGAUUUUAUUCAAAUCAUUUUCAUUCGACUUCUUGUUUAGUUUUGGUGUGUGUCGUGUGUUUAUCUGUAAAGAAGUCUCUCGCUAUCAAAUUUCUCUGCUGCUGCUUUGAAUCAAUCAGCCAAUCAAUUUAACAACUUUUUUUAUUAAAAAAAAAUUUAAGUGAAAUCAAUUGAAAAAAUGGGUAAAAACGAGCCAUCGGACGAUCCCGAUCCAUCGGAAUAUUUAAUGGUUUCGUUGGAACAAAAACGAAAAGAUCAAACAAAACCAUAUGAUGGUAAAAAAAUGGUCUGGGUGCCGGAUCCGGAAAAAUGUUAUCUUUUAGGUGAAAUUCAAUCAACCAAAGGUGAUGUUUGUACCGUUUCCGUCAAAGGUGAAGAGCGUCAAGUAAAAAAAGAUUUACUUCAACAAGUAAAUCCACCUAAAUACGAAAAAUGUGAAGAUAUGUCUAAUUUGACCUAUUUGAAUGAAGCAUCUGUUUUGCAUAAUCUUAAAGAACGUUAUGAAAACAAAUUGAUUUACACCUAUUCUGGCCUUUUCUGUGUGGUAAUCAAUCCAUACAAACGUUUUCCAAUCUAUACCAAUCGUGUUGUGCAAUUGUAUCGUGGUAGACGUCGUACGGAAGUACCACCACAUUUGUUUGCUAUUUCUGAUGGUGCCUAUACUGAUAUGUUGUCCAAUCGAGAAAAUCAAUCCAUGUUGAUUACUGGUGAAUCUGGUGCCGGUAAAACUGAAAAUACGAAAAAAGUAAUUGCCUAUUUUGCAAAUGUCGGUGCACAUGCCCCGAAACCAGGCGAAGAAAAGAAGAAGGGUAACUUGGAAGAUCAAGUUGUACAAACUAAUCCGGUAUUGGAAGCAUUUGGUAAUGCCAAAACUGUACGUAAUGAUAAUUCAUCACGUUUUGGUAAAUUUAUUCGUAUCCAUUUCGGACCAAUGGGUAAAUUGGCUGGUGCCGAUAUUGAAACCUAUUUAUUGGAAAAAGCUCGUGUCAUUUCACAACAGUCAUUGGAACGAUCCUACCAUAUUUUCUAUCAAAUUAUGUCCGGUGCUAUUCCCGGCUUGAAAGAAAAAUUAUUACUUAGCAAUGAUAUCAAGGAUUAUUAUUUCGUAUCACAAGGCAAAACAGUGAUCGAAGGUGUCGAUGAUAAAGCCGAAAUGUUAAUUACCGACGAAGCUUUUGAUGUUCUUGGCUUUUCAGCUGAGGAAAAAUUCGAUAUCUAUCGUAUAACAGCAUCUGUAAUGCAUAUUGGUCAAAUGAAAUUCAAACAACGACCUCGUGAAGAACAAUGUGAACCGGAUGGUAUGGAAGAAGGUGAAAAAGUUGCCCAUUUAUUGGGUUUGAAUGCAGCUGAUUUGUAUAAAAAUCUUUCAAAACCAAGAAUUAAAGUUGGUAAUGAAUUCGUAACACAAGGUCGUACAGCUUCGCAGGUUGCCUAUUCAAUCGGCGCAUUAGCUAAAGCCAUGUAUGAUCGUUGUUUCAAAUGGAUGGUUAAAAAGUUGAACGAAACAUUGGAUACACAACAAAAACGACAAUAUUUCAUCGGUGUAUUGGAUAUUGCAGGUUUUGAGAUUUUCGAUUACAAUUCCUUUGAACAAUUGUGUAUCAAUUUCACUAAUGAAAAAUUACAGCAAUUUUUCAAUCAUCACAUGUUUGUUCUUGAACAAGAAGAAUAUAAACGGGAAGGUAUCAAUUGGGAUUUCAUUGAUUUCGGUAUGGAUUUGGCUGCCUGUAUUGAAUUGAUUGAAAAGCCUAUGGGUAUUUUAUCCAUUCUUGAAGAAGAAUCUAUGUUCCCCAAAGCAACCGAUAAAACAUUUGAAGAAAAAUUGAAAACCAAUCAUUUGGGUAAAUCACCAAAUUUCCAGAAACCAAAACCACCAAAACCAGGUUGCAAAGAAGCACAAAUGGCUAUUGUACAUUAUGCCGGUACUGUACCGUAUAAUGUUACCGGUUGGUUGGAAAAGAAUAAAGAUCCAUUGAAUGAUUGCGUUGUUGAUCAAUUCAAACAUGGUUCUAAUAAAUUAUUGCAAGUCAUUUUCGAAGAUCAUCCUGGUCUUGGUGGUGGUGAUGAUGGCGGCAAAGGCGGUAAAGGUGGUGGUGCACGUAAAAAGGGUUCCGGUUUCCAGACUGUAUCUGCAUUGUACAGAGAACAAUUAAACAAAUUGAUGACAACAUUGAGAUCAACUCAUCCACAUUUUGUUCGUUGUAUUAUUCCCAAUGAAACUAAAUCACCAGGUGUUAUCGAUGCUCAUCUUGUAAUGCAUCAAUUAACCUGUAAUGGUGUAUUGGAAGGUAUUCGUAUCUGUCGUAAAGGUUUCCCUAAUCGUAUGGUUUAUCCUGAUUUCAAACAACGAUACACCAUUUUGGCACCAACCGUAUUGCCAAAAGGUUUUGUCGAUGCAAAAGUUGCUGCAACAAAAAUUACCGAAGCCAUUCAAUUGGAUGAAAAUGAUUAUAAAAUUGGUCAUACUAAGAUUUUCUUCCGUGCCGGUGUACUUGGUCGUUUGGAAGAAAUGCGUGAUGAUCGUCUAGGCAAGAUUAUGACAUGGUUACAAGCCUGGAUUCGUUGGUAUUUCGUCAAAAAGAAUUUCAAAAAACUUCAAGAUCAACGUAUUGCAUUGUUGGUUAUUCAAAGAAACUUACGCAAAUUUCUUACACUACGCAAUUGGUUAUGGUGGAAAUUGUAUUCCAAAGUUAAGCCAUUGCUUAAUGUUGCCCGAGUUGAAGAUGAACUCAAAGCUUUGGAAGAAAAACUCAAAAAAGAAACCGAAGCACGAGAAAAAGAAGAAAAAUUACGAAAAGAGUUGGAAGUACAAAAUGUCAAAUUGUUGCAGGAGAAAAACGAUCUCUAUUUACAAUUGGAAUCCGAACGAUCAUCAUCCGGUGAUGUUGAAGAACGUCUGAUGAAAGCUGUUUCACAGAAAAAUGAUUUGGAAAGUCAAUUGUCGGAAUUGCAAGAUCGAUUGUCACACGAAGAAGAUGCUCAUGCUAGUCUCAGCUCAGCCAAAAAGAAAUUGGAAAAUGAAAUCCAAAACCAAAAGAAAGAAAUUGAAGAUUUAGAAUUGGCCUUACAAAAAGCCGAACAAGAUAAACAAUCAAAAGAUCAUCAAAUUCGUAAUCUGAACGAUGAAAUUGCUCAUCAAGAUGAAUUGAUUAAUAAAUUGAAUAAAGAAAAGAAAAACCUACAAGAAAUGGGUCAAAAAACAGCCGAAGAUCUACAGGCAACGGAAGAUAAAGUUAAUCAUUUGAAUAAAGUUAAAGCCAAAUUAGAGCAAACACUGGAUGAAUUGGAAGAUAGUUUGGAACGUGAAAAGAAAGCACGUGCCGAUAUCGAAAAGAAUAAACGUAAAGUUGAAGGUGAUUUGAAAUUGGCACAGGAAGCUGUUGCGGAUCUAGAAAAGAAUAAAAAAGAAUUGGAAACCAAUUUACAACGUAAAGAAAAAGAAUUGCAAAGUUUAGCAUCCAAACUUGAAGAUGAACAAGCAUUGGUUGCUAAAUUGCAAAAACAAAUCAAAGAACUUCAAUCCAGAAUUGAAGAAUUGGAAGAAGAGCUAGAAUCUGAACGACAAGCACGUGCAAAAGCUGAAAAACAACGUGCCGAUUUAGCACGUGAAAUCGAAGAAUUAAGUGAACGUUUGGAAGAAGCUGGCGGUGCUACAUCCUCACAAAUCGAAUUGAACAAACGUCGUGAAGCUGAAAUGUCCAAACUUCGUCGUGAUUUGGAAGAAGCUAAUCUUAAUCAUGAACAAGCAAUGUCAGCAUUACGCAAAAAACAUAAUGAUUCGGUUGCUGAAUUAAGCGAACAAGUGGACCAAUUGACCAAAGCCAAACAACGACUUGAAAAAGAUCGUGGUACAUUACAAGCUGAACUUGUCGAUCUACAAUCAGUUGUUGAUCAUGCAAACAAAAAUCAGGCCAACAUUGAAAAACAAAACAAACAAUUGGAAAUGCAAUUGGCUGAAGUAACAAGCAAAUUGGAUGAUGCUAAUCGUAAUCUAAGUGAUUUCGAUGCUGCCAAAAAGAAAUUGGCUGCUGAAAAUUCCGAAUUACAACGACAAUUAGAGGAUGCUGAAUCACAAGUUAAUCAAUUGACUAAAUUGAAAAGUUCAUUACAAAGUCAAUUGGAAGAAGCUAAACGAACAGCUGAUGAAGAAAGCCGAGAACGUGCAUCAGUCAUGUCGAAAUUACGUAAUUUGGAACACGAUCUUGAUAAUGCUCGGGAAUCGUUGGAAGAAGAAACUGAAGCCAAAGCUGAUUUACAACGCCAACUUAGCAAAGCUAAUGCUGAAAUUCAACAAUGGCGCGCCAAAUUCGAAUCGGAAGGCUUGGCCAGAUUAGAAGAAUUGGAAGAGGCCAAAAAGAAAUUGGGUGUUAAAUUACAAGAAGCUGAUGAACAUAUUGAACAACUCAAUUCGAAAGUUGGCUCAUUGGAAAAAACCAAACAACGUUUACAAGGUGAAAUCGAAGAUAUGUCGAUCGAAGUUGAACGUGCCAAUGCAUUGGCUGCAACACUCGAAAAGAAACAGAAAACAUUCGAUAAAGUUAUUGCCGAAUGGAAACAAAAAACCGAUGACUUGGCUGCCGAAUUGGAUGCUUCACAAAAAGAAUGCCGAAAUUAUUCGACAGAAUUGUUCAAACUUCGUGCCGCAUACGAAGAAAGUCAAGAACAAUAUGAAGCUGUUAAACGAGAAAACAAGAAUCUCCAAGAUGAGAUCAAAGAUUUGCUCGAUCAAUUGGGUGAAGGUGGUCGAUCGGUGCAUGAAUUGGAAAAAUCACGAAAACGAUUGGAAAUGGAAAAAGAAGAAUUGCAAGCAGCAUUAGAAGAAGCAGAAGCUGCAUUGGAACAAGAAGAGAACAAAGUAUUGCGUGCACAAUUGGAAUUAUCACAGGUUCGUCAAGAAAUCGACCGACGAUUACAAGAGAAAGAAGAAGAAUUCGAAAACACACGAAAGAAUCAUCAACGCGCUUUGGAUUCCAUGCAAGCCAGCUUGGAAGCCGAAUCCAGACAAAAAGCCGAAGCUUUACGUAUGAAAAAGAAAUUGGAAUCCGAUAUCAACGAACUGGAAAUUGCAUUAGAUCAUGCUAACAAAGCUAAUGCUGAAGCACAGAAAAAUAUUAAAAAAUAUCAACAAAAUAUCAAAGAAUUACAAACGGCAUACGAAGAUGAACAACGUGCCCGUGAUGAAGCACGCGAACAAUAUGCCAUGGCUGAAAGACGAUGCAAUGCAUUGCAAGGCGAAUUGGAAGAAAGUCGGCAAUUAUUGGAACAGGCUGAUCGUGGCCGAAGACAAGCUGAAGGAGAAUUGGCCGAAUUACAUGACCAGGCUAAUGAAUUAUCGGCCAAUAAUGCCUCAUUAUCGAUGGCCAAACGUAAAUUGGAAGGUGAAAUGCAAGCAUUGCAAGCCGAUUUGGAUGAAAUGCUCAACGAAGCUAAACAAUCGGAAGAAAAAGCUAAAAAAGCAAUGGUCGAUGCUGCACGAUUGGCUGAUGAAUUACGUGCCGAACAAGAACAUGCAAUGCAACAGGAAAAAAUGCGAAAAGCAAUGGAACAACAAAUCAAAGAUUUACAGGUACGAUUGGAAGAAGCUGAACAGGCUGCAUUGAAAGGUGGCAAAAAGACCAUUCAAAAAUUGGAACAAAAACUCCGUGAAUUGGAACAAGAAUAUGAAAGCGAACAACGACGACAUGGUGAUGCAUCCAAGAAUCUACGUAAAGCUGAACGUCGUAUCAAGGAAUUGCAAUUCCAAGCUGAUGAAGAUCGCAAAAAUUAUGAACGUAUGCAAGAUUUGAUCGAUAAAUUGCAACAAAAGAUGAAAACAUACAAACGACAAAUCGAAGAAGCCGAAGAAAUUGCUGCACUUAAUUUGGCUAAAUAUCGCAAAGUACAACAAGAAUUGGAAGAUGCUGAAGAACGCGCUGAUAUGUCCGAAAAUGCAUUGGCUAAACUUCGCGCUCGAAAUAGAAGUUCAGCAUCAGCUACACGUGGUGUUAGUCCAGGGCAGGCCGUACCAAAACCAAGAAAAACACGCGUUGAAGAUGAAUAAAUGCAACAAUAUCACCAACUUAUUUAAUCAAAUAUCAAUCAACCCAUUCAUUGAUUUAAUUGUUGUUUCAAAACAAAAAUUCAGAAAUCCAAGAUAUUAAUCCCAUGUUAUCACUUAUAUACACACAACCAAUCUACCAAACUAAACUGAUAGAUGAUUACAAAUAAUUAUUAUUUCAAUUAAUCAACCACCAAGACAGUGUGUCAUCAUAUUUGUUGUUAUUUCUAUCUUUAUUUAUUCUAUUAUUAUUAUUAUUAUUAUUAUUAUCGGAAAAUUGUCCAAGUUUUGAACGAUUGAUUGGAAAUUCUUCUUCUUUCUCACUCUCAACAAAACAAGCAGCAGCCCCAAACAUCAACCAUCUGGCACACACCAUGGAUGAGUUUGAAGGAAAAAAAUUUUCAAUCAAUUUUGUUUCAAUUUUCAAUUACUUGGCAAUUUUACUUUUAAAAAUUUGAACAAAAAAAUAAAAAUUUCAUUUUAAUCGAUUCA